GUGUACGGCCGUGUUGCUUUCAGCCAAACAGUCAUCGUCAACUUCAAUUCAACUUCGCCUUUACCUUCACCUGCAAUUUCAGAAUGUCUUCCCGCCGCGGAAUGUCGCGAGGAUUCGGGAGCAGAGGCUCCCGGCGUCCUGACCUUACUCGGAACCUGACUUCGACUGUCCGAAGCCGAGCCGAAACUCCGCCGCCGCCGCCCCCGCCGUUCGGUCCCACGAUUGACAGCAUCAGCAGCAGGGCCGUGCUGGUGGAGGAAGAUGCUCCCACAAUUCAAGACGCGGAGUAUAUUGCCUCCUACAACUGGCUUCAAGGAAAAUCCCCCAUUAUUCUUGUGCCAGGUUCCCCACCGGCGUGGGCCCCGCCAGUAGAAGAUACGAAGCUGAAGCCAGACAGCGGAGAUGUAUUCCGAGAUGUCAACGCGGCUCGACACGCCUUGUAUCCUCUCGAGCCAGCUUUCCGCGCCUUGAAAGCCAUGGAACCACAAUUCCACCUGCAAUCUGUGGAUGUUGUUGGAUGCGGCAGCACGAUAGGGAAUCUGCUGAGAUUCGCUGGCUCUCAAUCCAAGCCCUUUCGAUUUGAUGUCGAUGUUGUCGGAGACACCGUGCUCUUCGUCCGCAGGGAAAACCCCCCGACGGAGUUGAUCACGGGCCUCCAAGGUUAUGGCCACACAUUCCCAGAGGCAUAUACAGCCUGGGACUCAGAUGUUCGGAAUUCGUGUUCUCACCAACGGCUUGUACUCUACGAUUUCGGUGGGUUGAAGUUCCUCGUCCGCUCGGAAACCGAUGGCUAUGUGAAAGAUCCCGGAUUGGACCUUUUGAAAAUGGCCCAGGCUACAGAGCCACAAAACCUGGAAGAUGCACUGGGAAGUGUUGCUCUGGGUCAAAGCGUUGUCGAUGCAGGCCAGAAGCUAGAAGUUAGAUUGCAGGGCAGGAAGAUCCCACAAAGUCUGAUCUUUGAUCUGAAAACACGAGCGAGCUACAGACAAUUUGACAUGGACGAAAUCCUUCCGAGACUUUGGGUCAAUCAAACUUCGAAGUUUCUCAUCGCUUAUCACAAAUAUGGAGUCUUCGAGAACCCCAAAGUUGAGGACGUCGGACGACAGGUUCUUGACUGGGAGAGUCGCAAUUCAGAUCUGUUAGCACGGCUCCACGCCAUCGUCAAGCGGAUUGUGGAUGUCGUUCGCGACUCUAAGGAUCAGCAAUGCGAAGUUAGCUGGGAUGGUGAAGGACUACUACGCAUCACAAAGCAGAUUGGAGAAGGAAGGAAAGCCCUUCCGUCUGAUGUUAUAUAGUCAUUCCAACUUUAGUGAUAGAAUGUUGAGGUUUUAUCUAUGUUGUUUCCCUUGAGUAAUCUAUAAUAGCGGGUGAUGAGAUUUGAAAAAUAAAUGUAGUAGUCUGAUAUAAUAGAACAUGGCAG